GGCACAUUGGGAGGCAGCAAGAGAGAGGGAGAGAAAGAGAGAACAUCCGGGGAUUUCAUUUGACUCCGCCCACAUUCCGCUGACCCUCAGCAGCGCUGUAAAUAUGGCGGAGCCCUCUUUGGGGAGUUCAAGCCCAGAGAUGCUGUUGCCUGAUUAUGAUGAUGAUCAAACUCCUGAAGAUGAGGAGGUUCCAGAGGGAGAAUCUAAUUUUGGCAAUGAGAUUGAAGAACUUGCAAAGGAACAAGAAAUGCCCAUUCAGGAGCUCUUGAGUCUCUAUGGUUAUGGAGGCAGUGGAUCACCUGAGGAAGAGGAGGAUGAUGAGGAUGAAGAGGAUGUGGAUGGAGAGGAGGAGGACGACGAGGAUGAUGAAGGAGAGGAUAUGGAUAAUGAUGAAAGCAGCAGAAGCACUGGAGAACUGAAGAAGAGCAAGGUCUGUCCUGAGGAUGAAGCAAAAAUAUCCACAGGAAUGGUAAAUGAGAGCUACUCCACUGGCAGUCGAGUUUUUGCAGUGACAGCCUGUAACACACCUGAACACAUGCGUUCACAGAACCAUGGCUACUUUCAGAAUAAUGAAGUAGAUGAAGAGUCAGAGGAGGAUGAUGACUAUAUUCCCUCUGAAGACUGGAAAAAAGAAAUCAUGGUUGGCUCCAUGUAUCAGGCUGAAACACCAUCUGGACUGUGCAAAUACAAAAACAAUGAGAAAGUGUAUGAAAAUGAUGACCAGCUGCUGUGGAAUCCUGAAAUCCUUACUGAAAAUACUGUAGUUGAGUUUCUGUCAGAAGCAUGUCGACGGACGGGAGAGGAGACUGGAGUAGAUGCUAUUCCAGAAGGAUCCCACAUCAAAGACAAUGAGCAGGCAUUAUAUGAGUUGGUGAAGUGUAAUUUUGAUACUGCUGAAGCUUUGCGAAGAUUAAGAUUUAACGUUAAAGCAGCCAGAGAGGAACUAUCUGUCUGGACAGAGGAAGAAUGUAGGAAUUUUGAACAAGGUUUAAAGGCUUACGGAAAAGACUUUCAUUUUAUCCAGGCCAACAAGGUCAGAACAAGGUCUGUCGGGGAUUGUGUGGCUUUUUAUUACAUGUGGAAAAAGUCAGAGCGUUAUGAUUUCUUUGCGCAACAAACUAGGAUUGGAAAAAGGAAAUACAACCUUCACCCAGGAGUAACGGAUUACAUGGACAGACUUCUAGAUGAGACAGAAAGCACUGCUUCCAGUCGAGCAGCCACGCCCCUUCCUGCCGCCUCUAACAGCAGCACCAGCCAGUCAGAGAGAGAGGAGACUAACAGUCACAACGGACUCACCAGUCACAGCUCCAGUGCAGAUGCCACACAGAUGUUGAGCAGUGUGAACGAGGUGAAGAGUGAACCUCUCCAGGCAAAUGGAGCAUCUAAUCACAGUCUACACACAGAUCAUCUGGACUCCAAUGGCUCUAAAGUUACAAACACCCACAACACAGACAGAAAUGGCUCAUUGAAGCACCAACAGGACUGCCAGGGUCUUGACAGGCCAACAAAAAAGUGCCGGACAGAAACAGACUCACUGGCCCAGGUUGAGAUAGACUCUUCAGGUGUAAAAGUAGACUGAACAAGAACAAAAGUCUGGCCAAAAUCAGAAACUGGGAUGAUGGGACAGCGCUGUGACACCUCUCACCUCAUCCACCCUAAAUCCAAAGCUAAGCUGCUCCAAAAAUACCACCCUCCAAACCUAACUACAGCUGAUUAAUGCGCCUUUUUCAUAAAACCAUUUUACAGAGAAAUGUAUAUUCUAUAUGUAAUGGAAUUUGUCUGCUAUUUUUUUACCAACAAGAUAUUUAUAUUUUUUUAUUGAGACAUUUUGACAAUAGGUAAAAAUGCUGUUUAAGCCAUUAUGUGUAAUACACGAGGAUAAAUGUUGGUGAGCAUGUGUCUCCAGGCACAUCAAGUUGUGUUUUGAUUUAUGUUAUAUACUAAUGGUUCAGUGCUCAGCUUGUUUGUGUUGGAGGCAUACUGCAAGCUUGAACAGAUGUAGUCAAAAUAAAUAAGCCAAUGGAAUCACCCCUCCAAAUCUUUGUUUUUAUAAAGUGUCCAGGAAAUUGGUUUGCUAGAUGUAUGUUUCUAUUAACUGAAUGAUUCUCAUAGAAGAAAUGUCCAGGUCAUAUGGCACAUUAUUAUUAUUAUUAUUAUUAUUAUUAUUAUUUAUUUUUUAAAGUGUAAAGAAAAUUAAGCCUAUUUUGGGGCGCAUUAUUUAGCAUACUGCAAGGCAUCUUAUAUUUUACAUUUAAUGUGUUUUUUAGUUAUUCUCAUGAUUCUCAUUCAGUUCUCAUAGAUUACUUUCAGUAAUGCACGAUAUUAGAUUUUUGCCAAUAUCUGAUAUGCCGAUAUUUUUCAAAUCAUUUUGAUUUGAUAGUUGAUGCUGAUACUGAUAUAUAUAUUUCCCUUUUGUUUUGAAAUAACACCAAGUCUCUCCUCUGUGGAAACUAUAAACAAACUAUUUUUAAUUCUGGGGCCCGUUGUUCGUACGUUGCUUAUUACAUCUGAGAUGAUUUGAAAGAUUCCAGAUCUUCUAAUCCUGAUAAUUGAUCUCUGGCUAAUUUGGUUCGUCAAAUUUAUUUGCGUAUUAGAUUAAAAUAUCUGGAUUAAGUUGUCUAAGAUUACUGUGCGUUCUCGUGUUCCCUGAAAAGGGCAGAUGCAUCGAUAUUCCAAACCAUGAUCAGCAAUGCAGCGAUUGGCUGGCGGCAAGACAGCAACGUAAUGACAUCAUAUCAUUAAAAAAGACACCUGACCAAAAACUUGACAAAUUUCUGGACCUUUAUAAGGGAACAGCCAAGCGAACAAAACUACAUAAAUGUUAUAAUAGAUAAAUGAAAUAUGCACUGUUUUUAAUUUAUAUUCAUGAUUUCUUGUAUUUGUACAGGCUUUACAUUUUUAUUUCAAUGUUGUAAUUAGCAAUUCAUUUAAUUUUAUCUUUGAAGCAGAUUUCUUAUGUGACAGCAUUAAUUAAAGUUUCUUAGAGAUCAAGUUAUCUGCAUCUCCUGCGCUCCAUCAAGCCACUCCCAUAAUAGCUGUCACCACUCAAAUUAAUGCACAGCUCAGAUUAACUGUAUAGCAUGUGUGUAAGACUCCAAUACAAUUAUAAAGUAAUUAUUUCAUCACUAAUAAAUCUUUCAAUGAGUAUAACUGGGUGUGUCUAUAGUAUUAUAGACUACACGACAUUAUUUUCAAAUUAAUUGUUUAAUUAUUAUUAUUUUAAAUUAUUGUCAUUACUGCUUAAAAAUAUGCAAUCUAAUCCUGGUCACAUGAAAUAAGCCUGCUCCCGAGCAAGUUUAAACUUACGGACCUGUUGCUAUGACAGCAAGUCCGGGAUGAGCUUCGAAGAACCAAAUGAUCAAAGAUCAAGUGAAAUCGUCAACAAUCAAAUCCAGCUAACUGAGUUAGCAACGUAUGAAGAACAGGCCCCUGGUUAGUUUUGAGCAAAAACUUAUUUGUUAGAACUAAUAAUUUGUUAGAAAAUAACUAUAAUAAAAUCAGUCUUUGCUGUUUUUUUUUUUUUUUCUUCAUACAGAUGCAAUUAAAAUCUUAACACAAUGGUUCCCAACCCUGGUCCUGGAGGCACCCCAACACUGAACAUUUUGCAUGUCUCCUUUCUCUGACACCAAUUUCAGGGGUGCUUCUCAUUAUCCCUCCUCGUUUUCUCGCUCCUCCGUCCUCCGUCCUCCAUCCUCCAUCCUAUGACCUGGAAAUCAAUCAAUCUCAGUCAUCUUGUAGGACAUCUAAAUUCUCUAAUUGCACAGCUAGGAUUGAGGAGUGAGGAGGCUUCCUGAGGAGUCAUGAGCAGAGAUAUACAGGUGUAUCCUAUGCGGAAGUCUUUUUUUGGCAAAAAAACUGACGCACAUAUAAAUUCCCCUCCUCCUUCACAUAUACCAUAAUAAUUUACAUUUAUAUUUUACCUUUGCAGUUUAAGUAAACCAUAUAUUUCAUAUAUUUCAACAGGGCAUCUUGCUUUAUUAAUAUUUAUUAUGAAUGCCUUAAAUAACGAAUUUUAACAACAUAAGGGCAGAUCCCUUUAGUGCAGCUGAUGACGAUUUUAAGUGACGCUUGAGUCACUCCAGUGUUCAUCCUUUGAUUCCUCCAUCUUCAUUUAUUUUCCUUGCAUUCUUCCCUCAUAUCCUAAGGGGGUGGAGCUAAGAUGAGAGGAAAGGAAACAAGGAUGCACAAAUAAGAAAUGAGAGCCCUGCAGAGUUAAUGAGGUCCUUCAGACUUAUUUGAAAACUACAUGGUUUGUGUGUUGGAGCAGGGAUGGAAAUACUCUGCAGGGCUGUGGCCCUCCAGGAACUGAGUUUAACACCCCUGGUCUAAAGCAAAAGAGCUGUAAAAAUUCUAAAAAAAUCUUUUAGGGCUCCUUGUAAUUAAGUUUUCCUAAUCCAUUUGAAAAAUAAAAAUUAAAAAUACAUACAGUAUGAAUGAAUAAAUCUGUAUAAUUUAAUUUAUUUAAUUUACAAAUGUCAUAUUUAUUUUUAUUCAUGUAAGCUAUAGCUUCUGGCCUUUAAAUAAAAACGGACUCUUGUUUUUA